AUGCGCAAGUGCUUCAGCACAUGCGCGCGAGUCUUCAGCCAUGAGAAUCCCCUAGGUCUCCCACGCUCCUCCGCGUCCUCUCGCUUGACCAAAAGUCCCUCUUCUACUACUCCUCCUCCCCAACUCCCCCGACUUCAACGCGGGCUCCCUCCCAAACGGCGCAUCCCACAUGUCUCGCACACGAUCGCCGUGUCCAGCGCCAAAGGCGGCGUCGGCAAAUCCACGCUGGCCGUCAACCUCGCGCUGGCAUUCUCGCGCCACGGGCUCCGCACGGGGAUUCUCGACACGGACAUCUUCGGGCCCUCAAUCCCGACGCUUCUCAACCUGGACAACAACGUCACCUCCAACACCGACGACAAAGCCGACGGUGAUGGUGGUCUCCUCAUCAAAGUCACCCCAACCAAUCACCUCGUCCCACUGACCAGCUACGGGAUCAAGAGCAUGAGCAUGGGCUAUUUACUGUCCGACGAGUCGUCGCCCGUGGCCUGGCGCGGGCUGAUGGUCAUGAAAGCGCUCCAGCAGCUUCUGUGGGAAGUGGACUGGGGCCAGGGGGGAAUUGGAUUGGAUGUCCUCGUUCUCGAUAUGCCGCCGGGCACGGGCGACACGCAGCUGACGAUCGGGCAGCAGGUCGAGCUGGACGGGGCGGUGGUGGUGUCGACGCCGCAGGACAUAGCGCUCAAAGACGCCGUCAAGGGUCUGGAGAUGUUUCGCAAGAUGAAGAUCCCCGUGCUGGGCGUCGUGCAGAACAUGAGUGUUUUUGUGUGUCCGCAUUGUGGGACCGAGACGAGGAUCUUUGCUCAUGGUCAGGAACAAAACCAGAGUGAAAGUCAAGAUCAAAACCAGAGUGAAGGUCACGGUCACACUCAUGAUCCCUUGACUCAAGCUAGUAGCGGUGGUCUACAGUACGAAGCUGGGAAACGGGACAUUGAAUUCCUCGGCGAUGUCCCUCUCGACCCUAAGAUCUGCGCAGAUGCUGAUCGCGGUAUGCCUACCAUCGUCGCUGAAGAGGCCGCUGGGGUCAAGGUCAAUUCGGUCUACUACGAACGAAUUGCUGAGACGGUUGCGAAAAAGAUCGGACUGGAGUGGACUUGA